UUCUGCAAACACAAGAUCGAUAUUGCAAUAAUUUAAGAAAAACAGGACGAGUUUUGAUACAAUUCACAAUUCAUUAGAAUAACACAAUGCAUAUAAAAUAUGACAACAUGUGCCAUGAUAUAGAAUCUCGUUGCCUUGCACAAACGGUCGCUGUUGUCACGUUCCGUUAGCAUAUUAGCUCAGUUUGGCUACGGAAGUAGACGGAGCUGCGCUGUGAAAAAGCGCAGCGUGCAGCUCAGCCCUUCAUUGUGACGGACUCGGGAGAGUGCAAAGGUGUCGCAGUAAGUUUCUUGUGUCUGUCUGAUUGUCUUCUGGUGCCAUGGCGCGGGUAGAAACAACCCCCAACAGACCUUACCACCUGGUCAUCUUCGGAGCCUCUGGCUUCACGGGGCAGUUCGUGGUGGAAGAAGUGGCCCGGACGGUGUCCGAGGGUCCCAACGGGAACCUGAAGUGGGCCGUGGCUGGCAGGAGCAAGCAGAAGCUGGAAAAAGUUCUGGAGCAGGCCGCUGGAGCCCUCAGUAAGCCGGAGCUUCGGACGGAGGUGGACGUGAUCGUGGCGGAUGUGGGAGAACCCGACUCCCUUGCAGCUAUGUGCAAGCAGGCGGUGAUCGUUUUGAACUGCGUGGGGCCGUACAGAUUCUUUGGCGAGGCCGUGGUCAAAGCCUGCGUGGAGAACGGAGCCCACCACAUUGACAUCAGCGGAGAGCCACAGUUUUUGGAGGGCAUGCAGCUGAACUACAGCAGCCAGGCGGCGGAGAAAGGGGUCUUCAUUGUCGGAAGCUGCGGGUUUGACUCCAUUCCUGCAGACAUGGGAGUCCUCUACACGAGAGAUCAGUUCAGGGGUACCCUGACUGCUGUGGAGAGCUUUCUGACAGUCAGCUCAGGACCUGAGGGCGGGUGUAUCCACGACGGGACGUGGCAGUCGGCCAUCUAUGGCUUUGCUGACAGCCAGAAACUCCAGAGUCUAAGAAGGAAGUUUAAUCACAAACCUCUCCCCUCUGUUGGCUCAAAGCUGCGACGCAGGGGAGCAUUGUUCUUCAGUAAUGAGAUCCAGCAGUACGCAGUACCCUUCAUGGGUUCUGAUCCCUCGGUGGUGAAAAGAACCCAGCGUUUCCUGACAGAGGAACAGCAAGCCUCACCGGUCCAGUAUGGAGCCUAUGCUGGAAUUGGAGGUAUUGGGAAUAUCAUCAAGAUGAUGUUUGCUGGCAUGAUGUUCUGGUUCUUGGUCAAGUUCAGUUUUGGACGCAACCUGCUCAUAAAGCAUCCCGAGUUUUUCUCCUUUGGAAUGUUCUCCAAAGCCGGCCCAACUAGGAAGCAGAUGGAGGGAUCCUCCUUCCAGUUCUCCUUCUAUGGUGAGGGCUACACAGACGAACAGGACCCCAGCCAGGGAAAACCCAAUGCCAAGAUCCGCACUCUCGUUCAGGGACCAGAGGCUGGCUAUGUGGCCACGCCCAUCGCCAUGGUGCAAGCUGCGCUAACGAUCCUCAACGAACCUGCAGCUUUGCCCAAGAAAGGAGGGGUUUAUACUCCAGGAGCUGCGUUCGCUAAAACCACGCUCAUCGACCGCCUCAACAAACAUGGCAUCCAGUUCUCUGUCAUCUAAAACUCGUUUCCCAUCCGAUGUUGCAGCUUUUUUUUUUUUUCUUUUUUUUUGUGUGAGCAUUUACCAACAUCCAGAAUAACAACCGGGAAUUUUUUCAGCUUUAUAAUAGAUUUUUUUCCCUUUUUUUUUAUUAUUAAAACUCCUGUUUAAGCUUAAAAUUAGUUUUUGGUGAUGUUUUCCACGUUUGAUCCUUUGACGCAGCCAGAACCUCUCCAGACUCACUUUCAGCUCAACUGUACGGUUAAGAUCUUGCUUGCAACACGAGUUGUUGGUGUGUUCCCCAGUCUAGGACAGUAGGAGAAUUGUUGCACAUUAACAGGUUUUGCAUGGUUGUCUGCUAACACGAUUACAGCUAAUAAACAAUUCAGGACUUCAUUUUGUUCACUUCAUGCCUCUGGACACAGAUAAUAAAGAGAAAAGUAAUAUUUUAUGCGCAUCAGUCAACCCGAUGUAAAAAGCCUUCAACAGAAUCAAAGGACCAAAGAAAAGUUUCUUGACUAUUGAAUUAGUUUUCUUGAUCAAUGUCUGCCUAAUUGUUCACCACCAUACUGGUUCUAGUUGAAUGGAAACAUGUUAAAGCACUUACCAGUUAUUGCUCACAGAUUAUAUUAAUGUGUAGAUAGAGGACUAGUGGGGUAGAAGCCUCUGCAAUACAGCUUAAACAAAAAAUAAAUCAUAAACACACAUUUUCAUGUUUAAGUUCUUUGGUUUAAAGCUAUUAAUGGAGCUGCAACAGUAAUACUUUUGGGAUGUUUCUUUAAACGCAGUGGAGUUUCCAGUUUUAGUCUGUUUGUGCAAAUAGCAUGAAAUGCUUAAUCAAACUAAACAGAUGUUCUAAAGUGUUCAAUAAAUGUUGCUCUGUACAUGCAAAGUAGGAUCUCUCUCUCUCUCUCUCUCUCUCUGACCCAUUUUAGCAGUUUGUGCUCGCUUCAGGCUGCAUUCUGACCUUUUUGUUUUCGGUUUGUAUCACUUUGUGUCCGCUUCAUAAAUAAAGCCAAAUCUGCAGAAACACUA